GGAGUAGGUGCGGGCUGGCUGCUCAUUCAUACUCUCAUCAUGGCCCGCCCUGUUCUCUUCUUCUUACCUCUACUCGUCGUCUUAGUACAGAAAGGUGACGCCCUGAGUUGCUGGGUCUGCAACAGCGACUCAGACCCGUCCUGCAACGACCCCUUCGACGCAAGCUCCAACCGAAGGCUGCUCAACGAGUGCGACCCCUCCAGGUACGGCAGCACCCGAGGGCACUAUGUCUGCAGGAAAUAUGUUAAGCUUGUUGGUGAAGAAAAGAAGAAGAUUGUCGACAGGGCAUGUGUUUCAGUCUCCGAGCAAGACCACGAAGGACCCUGCUCGGCUCAAAGCCUCGGAAAUCCUUCACAGUUGGAAUCAUGCCAUACUUGCAAUACCAACGAGUGUAACUCAGCCCCAGGCCUAGCUAUAGUAUCUGUCUUCACGCUCUUACCAACUCUUUUGAUUGCUAUCAAACACUUAUAAUCGAAUACAAAUUUUUGUUUCAGAAAUAGCAGUUAAAUAAGUUAUAAUAUCAUGCUUGGUUGUGAAAUUGUUAGUUUUAUAUUACUUUUAUUUAUUGUUUUUGUUACUAAACUUAUUUUAAUGAUACCUACACAUUAAUUCAACCUUUUAGCUUAAUACAUCACCAUAAUUUUUCAUGGUUCCUAUACCAUACAGCAAAACUACUGAAUUAUUAAAUUUAAUAUAGUUUGAAGUAUGACCCCAACAAGAAAAAUAAAUAAAUAAUAACAAUAAAUAUUCAAUUUUCUUCUGGAUUAAUCAAAAAUAUUAUUUAGAUUUUUUUUAUUUUUCAUAAUUUAGUUAACAUAGCAUGUAUUACUGUUACGUAUAUUAUUUUUAUAUAAAAAAAAUGUCUUAAAUGUUAAGUAAAGUGUCACGAUUCAAAUAGAUGUGCCUUAUCAAAUAUCCGUCCAUUUUUGUAAAUAAGCGAAUCUUGUUUAAGUUGUUAUUAAAAUUAAUGAAUAAA